AUGGAUGACCUGUUAAUAACAGAUGAAGAGCUCCAGAUGGACAUUGAGUUGCAGAAGAUAUUGGAUAUGGCAUGCAAGGAGGAUGGCAUGGAAGACAUUUCAGAAUGCAUUCCUCCUCUUAACACUUUUGAUGGAAGUCAACCAACGAUUGAUGAGCCCGAUAAAAUGCUCUCUUUGUUGGCGAAAUGUUUUGAAAGUCGAGAAGACCUCAUCGGGGAAGUUCGUAAGAUAGCAUUAAUGCAAAGGUUUGCAACCGUUAUUAGAAGAUCUAAGACAAAUGCAUAUGUUGCUAUUGGUUGUGAUAGAGGUGGGGAUUAUCGAGCCUCUAAAACUUCACUAGAUGAAAGAAAAAAAAACUCAGGAUCCCGCCUCAUAAAUUGUCUAUUUGAAGUCAGGGGGCGUAAAAAGAAAUGUGAAGAAUUUUGGAAGCUAGAGAUAAAAAGUUUAUUGCAUAACCAUGAACUUUCACAUGACAUGUGUGGACAUCCUUCUUGUCGUCAAUUUUCACAAGAGGAAAUCUUACGAAUUAAAGAAAUGAGUAAGGCUGGUAUACCACCACUCCAAAUUCUAUCUUCGCUUCGGCAAGGCAAUCCUCAUCUUCAAGUAGUUUCUCGAAACAUCUAUAAUCUAAGAGCUAAGAUUGUGAAGGAGAGUCUGGCUAGGCGUCCAAUUAUUCAAGCAUUAUUAGAAGAACUUGGUGAAGGUGGUUUCACUUAUAACAUUGAGUAUGAUCAUGAAGGCCACUUGACUCAUUUGAUCUUUGCUCAUCCCUUGUCUAUAGAGUUGACCAAGAGCUACCCAUAUGUUUUUAUGAUGGAUUGCACAUAUAAGACCAACAAGUAUAAGAUGCCAUUAUUGGAUAUCAUAGGAGUUUCAAGUUUCAACACAUCCUUUUAUUCUUGUUUUGUUUUCAUGCAAAAUGAGAAAGAAGAGGAUUAUGUGUGGGCUCUAAAAAUGUUUAGUAAGAUUUGGGGAGUUGAUAAUCAUCCUAUGGUGAUUAUAACGGAUAGGGAGUUGGCAUUAAUGAAUGUUGUACGCAUUGUCUUUCCGAGUACCUCCAAUCUUUUGUGCGUGUGGCAUAUUGAGAAAAAUAUACUUGCAAAUUGUAAAGCUCAUUUUGAGGAAGAAGUUGAUUGGAUUGAUUUCAUUUCUACUUGGACAAUUUUAAUCCAAUCUCUUAAUGAAACAUCAUUCAAUGAAGCUUGGAGUCGUUUUGAAGUUAAGUACGAGGAGAAGAAAUUUGUUUUGAAAUAUAUUCUUGGUACUUGGCUUCCAUAUAAAGAAAAGUUUGUAAGUGCAUGGUCAGAGAAAGUUACCCACUUUGGUAACCGUGUUACUUCAAGAGCCGAAGGUGCACAUGCAACACUAAAAAAAUAUCUUCAAGUUUCAACUGGAGGUCUUCGCGAGGUAAAAGAAAAAAUAUGCCUUGCUAUUGAAAAUCAAUUUCAAGAAAUCAAAACUCAACUUUCAAGUGAAAAAGUUAGAGUUUCACACAAGUUUCGACUUCCCUUCUUCAAAGAGGUUAUUACUCAUGUAUCUAGAUUUGCAUUGAAUGAGUUAUAUAAUCAAUAUUGA